UUGGUAAAAAAAAAUGGUGGUGAAAGAUAAACAAGCAGUGAAGUACCGUUUGCCGAAGUGUGUGUGUGUUGGAAAAUCGCUCAGAGUCAAAAAUCAACACGAUUCCUUUGUGACGAAAACCGAGAACAACAAGAGAGAUCGCAGGAAGAAGAAAUAAGAAGAUUUUCGGACAUUUGUUUGAUAUCGAACGAAAUCUGCUUUAUAUAACGUCGGUAAUCGAGCUCGGAAAGGCCAUUGAAAGGCCUUUAAAUAGCUAGCAUCGCUAGCGGGAAGUUAGCUAGCUAGUUAGAGCUUUGCUAAGUAGAAGCAGCGCACGCAGCUCAGGGGCCAGGCGUUUCAUUUUCACACUAUAUACGUGUUUUUGUUCGUAUUUCGAGCUGUAAACGUAUCCAGGAUCCAAGCAGCCAUGGCGUGUGGAGCUACAUUGAAGAGGACUAUGGAUUUCGACCCUUUGCUGAGUCCCAGCUCGUCGAAGAGGAGGAGAUGCGCCCCGGUAUCGCAGUCGUCAGCCCCGAGAAAUUAUCUGCGUCAUGAGCCGAGUGCUUUUAGCCAGCUCUCAGUAUCACUCACAACAGAGCAAAUCCUUCAUAACAUAAAGCAAGAAUAUAAGCGUAUGCAGAAGCGGAAGCAUUUGGAUGGAAGCUUUCAACAGCCUGAGGCUGGAUCAUCUUUCAUGGCUCAGUCUCAUGCAUCACUCCUGAGUGGAUCCAGUUUUCAAGAGACAUCCUCUGGAGCUGUUUCACCCACAAGGAGAGAACAGCCACUGUUCACUUUAAAACAGGUUGGCAUGCUAUGUGAACGCCUUUUGAAGGAGCGUGAAGAAAAAGUCCGAGAAGAAUAUGAGGAGAUAAUGACUUCCAAGUUGGCAGAACAAUACGACACCUUUGUGAAGUUCACACAUGAUCAGUUAAUGCGGCGAUUUGAGGAACAGCCUGCUAGCUAUGUCUCUUGAGAUGACCAGAGCAUUGUCGAGAUGCUGUUUGCUGCAGUUUACUGAGCUGAAUGUCCGCCGAUUCCACCACAGACCUGGUUUGAAAUAGAACCACUCCAGUGUCACUUCAUGCUGACAGUCUGUCUUUAGAAUUUGUCAGUACAUAUUAUUGUUCCUUGUGAACCUGGGUGCUUCCUCUUGUAAAUGUAUACGGACCUUUUAUGUCUGUUUUAUUCUACCAGUGGCCUACUUAUAAUCUGUAUCGAGCCUUUUCUUGCAUUCCACAAUGUAUUCAUACACAGAUACUGCAAUGCUUUAUUUUCUGGUCAUUUCACAUGUGCAUAGACGUUAGUGUGGAAAAAAUAGUGUGGACAAAAAUCCAAAAUGUUACAUACCUCUUUGCGAGUAUUCCCAGCGUGCUGCACACAUUACAGUUUAUCUUUGUUUAAAAAGCUUGAUAGAUCAUGAUUUCACUAGCCAAACCAAGUGCAGCCUGAAGACUAAACAUUGUGGGUUUUAGUUGGAACGUGACAAAGCUGUUCUGUACUAUACAUUGAGCUCAUAAAAGUGUUGCAUCAAUCAUUUAGAGCUUUUUUUGUUGUUGUUGUUUUGCUUUCCUUUGUAUUUGUAAAAACCAAGGGUGUCGAGCUCUGCUCGUGGAGGGUCACAGAAUUCAGUGUUUAGAGUUUACCUCAGUUAAGACACACGAUUCAACUCAUUAGCCCAUUACCAGAGCCUUCAUAUCUGCUGGGAAGGACUCAAGAUUGACACCCUGGUGUACAUGAAAGCAUUUUAUUAAUAAAGACCUGUGUGUACAUAA